CGUUUUGCUGCGCACUUCAGCAUAAGUAGCGUGUUACUGUGAGCAGCGGAAGUUGUGUGGGCACAGGCUGGCUGCACGCUUGUUCAUUUCGUAGUUGGGAGUUAGCCGGACCGCAGUGCCAACAUGUCUGCAUCUUUCAGAAAAGCACUGAAGUCCAAGCAAAAAAACCACCAAGAGCGGUCCCAGGUGAGGCCGGGCGUGCUAUGAGCCUUAUUAGCAGCAGCCAUUCAGUUAGAAAGCAUGAGUUUUAAUAGCACUGCCAUACAGGGAGAAGUUAAUCAUUAAUCUCGUAUAAUUCAUUCGAUUAAUCAACUUCACACCAAAUGAGUGGAGCUCCCAUCUUCCCUUAAAUAAUAAUAAUGUCUAUGGAAAGUCAUGGUGCAGAUUAAUUUUUCACAAGUGCCAUCACUUACAGGUAUCACUGACAAGUACCUCCUGCGAUCUACAGUUUGAUGGAUAUAGAUUUGAAGUUUCCAUAUGUUACUUCCACCUGUCCUCAUGGUCAACCAAGGUGUACACACUAGCUUGUCCUCUAUAUUAUCAGAGAUUUACACAUCUUUGGCUUAUUUGGGUCCUCCAUUUAAAAAAAAUCACAGUAAAUUUACUAGGGAUUGGAAACAGACUAGGAAAAUGAGAGCUAAAUCCUAUAUUAUUGAACAAGACAUUACACACUCUCCCGGUUAUGGGAAACUUUCAUUUGUAAUAUGCCUUGUUCUGUUCUUUGUAAAAUUGUAAUGCAGUCUAGGGCUCAUGAAAUGCGUAUCAAUAUCCUAACUUAUCUGUUAUGUAUCAUAGAUUUGGAAAAUGCAGUACAAACUUGCAGAAUAAUUAUGUUACACACAUUAUAAAUAUAUAUGGAGUUACUUGUGGGGGAAAAAAAAAACAACAACCUUAAAAGCCCCAGAUCAUUCUAGUGGUUUAUUUCACUUUAUUUAAUUUGCUUAUUUCUUAUGCAUUGUCCCAGCUGUAUUCUUUCACAUAGACCUUUUUGUUUGGAUAUUAUUUUAUUGUAAAUAUUAUCACCCUGGUUGAAAUUGACUCUCGGAGCUUCCGGUCAUUGAGCAAACCAGAGAUACUGAACUGUAACCGUUCAGGUCAGAAUAUGGCAAUUUACUAAACAGAUGUAUCAAACUGCUUUUAUACUGGCAAAUAUCCAUAAUUUUUUCCCAUGCUGUGUAAAUGCGCACUCAGCUUGGGAGAACUCUGCAAAAAGUCAUGUGCCGUAAACUGAUCAUCUUAUUUAGCACUUCUACUCAUAUGUUGAACUGUGGCUGCUGGCUGAAUUGCUGUAUCUCUUAUCCCCUGGACAUGAUUGAUGAAGUCUCUACCUGGUAUGGAAAUGGUCUACCUGACUACUUCUGCUUGUAUUGUACUAGCAGGCGCCAGAUGAACUGCUGAGGUCACAUUCACCCCAUGAGGUUUCCUUCACUGUUAACCAGUUAGCUAUGUCUGAUGCUUUUUUUGUGUGUGUGUGUUUUGUGAAACAGUGUAAUUUAUUGUGUUCUCCUUUAGCCUGGCUUCAGAAAAAAUUUGGGAAUCUUGGAAAAGAAGAAAGAUUAUAAGCUUCGAGCUGAGUGAGUCGACUUUUUUUUUUUUUUUUUCCUGUUCAUUAUUAAAUAAACCCACUCCUGUUGAUAUCUGUAGUUAUGAUGAUCAACUUGCCAUAUGGUUGCACAUCAAGAAACUGCUCUGCAAUAGUUUGAGAGGCAAAUGUUUAUCACCAUUCCAUCCAAAAUACAAUUAUGCAUUAAUUUUGUUCUGUGUAAAUGUAAAUCAUUACAGUUGAUCCACACACUAUAAGUGCGUCCCUCAUCAUAAGUUUACAUAAAGAUUAAAAAAAUUUACUGUACAUUUUGAAAAUGUGUUUACAUUUUAUUAACCUUCCGUUUUUGUUUUAACCACCACAUGAUAUUCUUACACAAUCCAUAAUCCUUCGAUUGUAUUUAUGCAUAUGCUCAAGUACAGUGUAGAUCUUCAUUUGUCUCUCAUUUUGUAUUCAAACAUAUGUUGAAGUACACUGGUGACAGAGCUCCUGGCAUUCAUAAUUGCCAAGAGUGUAGUGUGAAGAUGACCCUUCCAGAUUCUUUAAAGAGAUUCUAUAGUGUUAGGAAUACAAAUCUGCAUUCCUAUAAAUAUAGUGCCAUCUGCCCCCCAGCACACAAAGGGUUAAAAAUCCUUUUGUCAAUUACCCGAUUCCAGGGCCGAUGACACUCCUUCCCCCCUCCCCCCCGCCUUCCAACUCAGACGGGUGGACCUAACGUGCAUACUUGGCAAGCACCACUGGUGCAUUAGGUCAUCCCCAUAGGAAAGCAUAGGCUCAUUGAUUUCCUAUGGGGUUUUUACUGACACUGGAUGUCCUCAUACAGAGCAUGAGGAUGUGAGCAUCAUAUAACGGAGUCAAACUCUGUUAGAAUCCAGGAAAAGCCUCUAUUGGCUGUCUUAUACAGUCACUAGAGGCAAUCUUAAUCCUGCAAUUGUUUUACAUUGCCGAAGUAAAGGGGACAAGGACACACUGCAUCCAUCCACUUCAAUGAGAAGAAGUGGUCUGUGUGCCUGUAGUGUCCCUUUAAUUCAAUAAGGAGCAGUCUGUUGCUGAAUAUUUUCUUCUUCUGAGCAAGAAAUGCAAUAUACAUUGACCUUAAAUGAUCGCUAAAGUUACCCAUGUAACAUCAUCUCAAUGAAAUGGCCUUGGUGCAGUGUUCCUGUCCUUCUUGCCUUGCAAUGUAAAACAUUGCAGUUUUUAAGAAACUGCAAUGUUUACAUUGCAAGGUUAAAUCCUUCUCUAGUGGCUGUCAUUUUGACAGCAACUAGAGGUGCUUCUGUGGCACUGACUGUGUAAAACUUGAUCAAGUGACGCGGAAGCCUCCAUAAGAAAGUAUUAAUUGUAAAAGCAGUGUUUGCUGCCUAUGCACUCUUUUAAAGGAGCAUUGGAUUGGUCAUUGCUGGAAGAGGCCAUGCCUCCCCUGUGAUGUUGUGGGAGGCAGAGAGGUAAGGGACACUGGGGGAGUCUCGGCACUGGGAAAAGGUAAUUAAAACUUUUAAUGUAUUUUAUACGGUACUGUUUUUAAAUAAGGACAGGAACACUAAAGCAUUAGGAAUUUGUUUGUAUUCCUAAUGCUUUAGUGUGCCUUUAAAUUAACUUAAGGACAGGGCUUCUCCAAACAUUCCUCAAUGGCCAUCUCAAUUCUACAAAUUAUGAAUUACCCAGCUAUGCUGUAAUGGAGGUAUAGAUAAACUAGGGCAGCUGCUGGUGCUUAAAGACUGACAUGAAGAUUCUAUUAAACUGAGCCAGAAGUGCAUUGAGAAGCUCUGAUCUGCUUAACCUCAAGAUUCAGUUCAGGUAGUUGCAAGAUAAACUUUUAAUGUUUCAAAACAGAGACUAUCGGAAGAAAAGAAAUACACUCAAUGCCUUGCGUAAGAAAGCACUCGAGAAGAAUCCAGAUGAAUUCUAUUUUAAAAUGACAUCAUCAAAACUCCAGGUAAGUUAUCCUUGGUAAACUCAUGUAUUACAGGUAAGAGCUUUACCCUGUGGCAGGAUAUAUAUGUAAAGUAAAGCUUCACCUAUACGUUAUGUACAAUAUAUCCAUUGUAUAUUGUUUUUAUUGCUUCUGCUGUUUAUCAUUGUCAGUUAUGUUUUGUGCAUUAUAAACUUAGGUUUCAGUGAGCUGGGGAGAGACUUCCUUCAAAGCACGGGAGAAAUUUAUCAAAGUGAUCAGAAGUAUUAAAAAUGUGGCUAUCACCAUGGAAACCAGCUCUCACAUUGCAUUAGUAACUCCUUCACUGAUCAUCUCCUUUAAUGAGCAUGGCUGGGUGUUUAGUGUUAUGGUUUCCUGUUCCUGUCGGGCACCACCGUCCUUCAUCUGGUCCUUUUCAUCUUCUGGCACUUCAGCUGCCAUGAGCUGAUAUCCGCUCUGUACUCUCUCUCGUGUACUUGUGAGAAUACUGCAUUGAGGUCUAUUGAAAAUCCCACAAGACUGUGGGAUCCUCCAUAGAAAGCGCUCUUUUUCCCUACAGACAUUUAUGGUGAUGGCUGGGGGAAAAGGUUAAACUCACAAAAGGUAAUUCCGUUAAGUAGGGGCAAAAUACUGAGACACAGUGGUUCCUAUUUUGUCAGUUCUUUUGACUGGGUUGGCAUUUGUAUGCAUUUUACUUUAUAUUUUGUAAUACAUAAGAAAAUUAAAUGCUAUGUGUAUACCAUCGUUGUAGCAGUAUGGGUUUUGUGUCUUGCCUGCUGAUAUUACUUCAAAUAAAAUCUUUAAAACAAUGAAAUUGUUUAAAAAAAAAAAACAAACAAAAAAAACCAACAAAAACCCCCAAAACACCACAGGUUUUUAUACUCACUAGUGUUAAAUGUUAACAGAAUCAGGCUCUGGGAUGCUUACCCCACUAUUCAUAUUAUUGUGCUACCCUGUGUUGCCACAUGUUUCAGUGGGUCAUUCUUGAAUAACUGGGGGCUGGUACAUCUGUGCAAUAUAUUGGAAGAAUAUGGUGUAGUGUAUAUAUUGGAGUCUUUACUCUUGGUUGUUAGAGUUGAGUUGAAUCACAAAAACAGGUGAAUUGUUCAAUCUCCCAUGACUAUUUUCUAGUUAACCUUUAGUUUGCCUGUGUUUUUUUUUUAUUACACAUUUGCAAGGAAUGUAGUUCUGAAUGUAUGUUUGCUUGUUGAUUUCUGUAAAGGAUGGCAUCCAUGUGAUAAAACAGCAGACAGAAGAAACUACAGAUGAACAGUUAAAGGUGAUGAGGACACAAGACUUAAAGUAUGUGGAAAUGAAGAGAGUUUCAGAAGCCAAGGUUAGUCAUCUUAGGGAAUGGAUUGUGGUAUCCCCCUUCUUUGAAGGAUAUUGUUGAUGAUUAAUGUAAUGUUCUUGUGAGUCAUUUACAUGAUUAUGUAACUGGGGAAAGAAGUACAUUCAAUAUUGCUCAUUCUGUUUAAAAUACAGGCCUCAUGCUUAGUAACCUCACUGGUGAAUGGUACAAUGUAAUCUAUAUUGGGUAUAUCAAACACAUUACAUUGAGUGAAGUGCUUAUUGUCCAUUAGAAUAAUGCACUUGUUUAUAUUAACAAAAUGGCACAACUUUUGUUUUUUUUUUUGUCUCUACUUUUGAGUAGAUUUGAAAUUUCAUUUUUUUUUUUUAAUAUAUUUAUAUGUUCAGACAAGGAUAGUAAAACAAAUAUAAAAAUUAUAGACUAGUGCUAAGAGUUCUUGGGCAUAUAAACCAUAGGCAGUGAAAACACUCUAUUCCCCAACAAGGUAUAAGCAAAUAGUACAGAAACCGGUUGCAGCAGUUAAAACCAAACUAAUAGAACAAAACAUAGAAUUAAUAAGUCACUAAAAAUAAAUAAUUAAUUUACAGAGUAUAAUCCAAAUUUUCUUCUAGUGGCCUGAGUUCUUAAAUAAAUUUAUUUCUAAUUUUUUAUUUUAUUUAUUUAUUUUAAAUUUUGUCCUCAUUGGGUGUAUAUGUGGAUAAAAGAGAGUAUUAGUAUUUGGUACACUGGAUGGAUAACAGACUACAAAGUGCUUAAGUGCCCACUCACACAUUCUAAGUUUCAUACUUGCUCUAGUAGUGUUGGUAUAUGGUGGCAUUAUCCCCACCAGUGGAUAUAUGCAUAGGUAAAGUCACUCUUUUAGGUCACAACAUGUAAUGACAGAGUAAAAUCCAGUUGUGCAAUAUUGUAAAUAUAGGGUACAUACAGUGCCAAAAAAUACAUAGAAAGUGCACUCACAAGUGUAGAGCUUUAUAUUAAAGCUCACAUUUGCUAGCACAGUAUGUCUGUGUGUGUUAAGAGUCCAGGGGCCCCUACUGCUACUCGGUGCAGAGAGGAAUAUACCUUGGAAUAUCGCACACCUUUCUGGAAUACUACCAUCAGAUCCUUGGUUGGGAUUGUUACACUUGCACUACAAAUACAGAGCAAAUCAAUUGCUCUAAAAAUUGUGAGUACCUUUUUAUUUUUUUUUUUAAUUUUUUUAUUUUUUUAUAUAUACCUCUUUUUCCAUAUGUUGCUGGAGAGUAAACUAUAUGUGAAGAUGAUGCCACCUUACACUUGGAAAUUUGAGAUUUAAAGGGACACUAUGGGUAUCAAAACUGCUUAACAUCAAACAAGCUGUAUUAGUGUAUAGAUAAAGCCCCUGCUGUCUCACCAUUCAGUUCUCUGCCAUUUAGGAGUUAAUCACUGUAGUUUCUGUCUAUGUAGCCCUAGCCUCAACUCCUUUUGGCUGUCACUUACAGUGAUUUAACUCCUAAAUGGCAGUGAAACUGCAGAGUCAUUAAGUUAGUUAUUUUGGUGCCAACAGAGUCCCUUUUAAAGGACCACUAUAGACACCCAGGCCACUUCAGCUCAAUGAAGUGGUCUGGGUGCCAGGUCCCCCUAGUUUUGACCCUGAAGCUGUAAAUGUAGCAGUUUCAGAGAAACUAUGUUUACAUUGUGGUUUAAUCCAACCUCUAGUGGCUGUCUCCCUGACAGCCAAUAGAGGCCGCUUCCUUGAUUCUCUUGCAACGCAUGCGCAUUCAGAGCUGACGUUUGCACAUUUGGAUUUUACGCUUUUCACUUCCUGUUCCAUUGUGACCUUACCUACACCUAUAUCCACUAGUGGGGAUAAUACAGCUACACACUAACACUACUAGAGGUUGUAUAAUGGUUCUGACAUGAGUGGGCACUUAUGCACUUUGUUGUCUGUUUGCCAUCCAGUUUACUAAAUACUAUACUAAUAGUUGGAUAUCUUUUUUUUUUUUAUUUAAUUUUUUUUUUUAAUGCUCAUUUGCUCCCUCAUUUGUUGAGGCGACUAGAAUUUUUUUUUUAACUCUUCUCUGUAUAUAAUUUGUUCUUUUUAUUAACUUCUUAUUUAAUAUUUUGUUCUAUUUGUUUUUUAACUGGCGCUCUGUCACUUUUUGGAAUCUUUGUAUAUUUUGUAAAGACGUGACAUACCUGCAUUUGGUGUGUGACAAAAAACACAUACCAGUACACAAACUUUGUUAUAUGCUUUUUAAAUUUUUUUUUGACCUAAGGAGUUAGGAUCAUCUUGCCUGGAUAUAUUGAGGUUUCCGUAAAUAUCUAACUAAAACUUGCUGUGCCCCAGGUCACUAAUAUGGUUAUUUUAUUUAUUACUGGCAUUUAUAAAGUGCCAUCUUAAACCAAGUAAAAUAAAAACUGGUGGUUUUGCAAUACUAAUGGAGGUAAUCACAAAAUGUUGGAAAAUGUAAAAACGGUCAAGCAACCUAUGCUGGACACUUGAGUUCAAUUAGAGUAAACAACUUUAGUAGAAUUAAAUCAUUUUGGUGUACAGAUCAGGCCCCUGCAAUCUCACUGCUCACCUCCGUGCAUGUGACUUGCAUAGCCUUCUUAGAUCCCUUUUUUUUUUUUUUUCUUCAUUAAAGACUGUGUGAGCCACACCAAGGAGAUGCAGCUAGUGCUGUUUGGACAGAAACCAAAAUGAUUUAACACCUAAAUGACAGCGAAUUGAACAGUGAAACUGCAGGGAUAUAAUCUAGAUGAUCACUGAGGGACAUGCUUUCUAAUUACAGAAAAUAGAGCGGCUGAAAUCUGAGCUACAUCUCCUGGAUGCUGAAGGAAGUCAGAAAAACAAACAUACAUUCUUCUGUGACACCAAGAAAGAAGGUAGGAAGCUGAGCUAGAUGCUGCUAUUUUUGUGAAUCUGAUUUAAUGUUUCAUUGUGUGCAUUGAUUAUUUUCUUGUUGAAGCAGUCUGUUAUUGAGGAUUGGGUUGGCUGCAGUCUAAUAAUUUUGUUGGGCAUUGAAAUCUGCUCAAAUCGAAAUUAAUGCUAUCUUGAAUAUAAAAUUCAGAUUUAUUUUUGGAUUUGGUAGUAUUGGGGGCAAGAUCACUGGUAUAUGAAGGGUAUGAGGGAAUAUGGUAUCUUGUAUGUCCACACAAGUUUGUUUUUAAACAAAAAUACUAUGAAACUUAUAAAUACGCCCUGGUACAACCCGUUGCUAUGUGUAGUCACUGAAUUGGUUGGCUAAAGUCCAUUUAUGUGCUUUGGAUCACACGUCAUGUCUGAGUUACUUGGUAAAUAACCCCAAAAUGUUGAAAAAGCUAAUAAUCAUUUUAAAGGACCACUUAAGGCACCCAGACAUUAUCUGAAUUAAGUGCUCAGGGUGCAGUGACCUUGUAGUUUUAACCCUGCAAUGCAAAACACUGCAGUUCUAUAGAAACCUCAAUGUUUCUGAGUAAAGUGUCACUUUCGUGUUUGGGAACUGUCAAGCGUGGUCAUCAAUCAAAUGAUGUUCAUAGAGGAAUAAAAAAAAAAAAAAAAAUCUAUAUUAAAGGGAAGCAUCAAAAUAUAAUUCGAUAAUUGUGUCUGUAUUGGUUACUGCUGAAAUCUGUCCCGUCAUCUGUAGAAUGGAAUAUAUUUGCUGUCCAACUUCUUGGUUAGUGUGUGUGUGUGUGUGUGUGUGUGUGUGUAUGUGUGUAUAUGUAUAUGUAAUAAAUGCAGUGUGUUAUUUCAUUGUACUAAAUCUAUAUAUAUAUUUUUUUCUUUAGUACAGAAAUUUGACUUGGCUACACAUCUAAACACCGCACCGGAGUUGGUUAAUAGAGUGUACAAUAGACCUACCAUAGACACAUUAAAAAAGAAGACCAUAAUAGGAGCUGCUCAUGCUGGACAAUUAAAGGUGUGUUUUUAUUCUGUUUGGGUAGUAAUGUAAACCUGAAGAAAUGAUACAGAAGAAUUACUGAUAAUCUCUUGGUUACUUUGAAAGAUGUGGUUUUGUUUGGGCAGGAGAGCAGGAUGAGAAAUUAUCAUGUAAAUAGAUGAGAAUUGAUUGAAUUACAUACAUGAGGAGAGUGGGGGAGUAAGUUACCUACUUGCUAGUGAGCAGCACAUGGUUCCCAUAUAUUGGACAUGGUUUUUAUACAAGCUCCCUGUUUUAAAAAUGACAGGCAAUAACAUGGAUCUGAAGGACUGAAACACUUGCUCCUUAAAGGUGGCCACAUUAAUCACGUGCAAGGGCCAUGUAUGUGUUGCUUACAUUAAUAAUGUCAGUUGUUCCAUGAGAGUCUGUAUGGUGGGCAUAUAGAAGCAACAAAUCCAGUCUUUUGAACAGCUGCCAGUGUAAAGUUAAAAGAAAGAGAUCAAGUUUUUGUUUGAAUAGUGACUCAGCAAGAACCAAAAUGCACAACAUUUUGAAAUUUGCACCCCCUGCAUCCUAACUUACAGUGCUAGAAGAAAGUGUGUGAGUGCCUUAUGUGGUGUGAUCAAUUAGGCACGUAUGACUAAGUGGUUAAGGAUUAUCAGGAUUUUUGUUGUUUUUGAACUAUGUUCUAAAUGCUAGAUAAAGAAACUAUCAAGGGGUAAGACCCAUGUGGGAUAGGUUACAGUGAAUUUAAACUGAUUUUUAUUUUGCUGAAUUUAGAGCAGUUUGAAUCAUUAUUUUCUACAGAGAACCAAUAAUAUCUGUUGGCUUGUGUGGGAGUAAUGAGUAGAAGUUGUAACUUUUUUAUUUUUUUUUUUUAUUUUUUUUUAUUUUGUUAUAUUCCAUGUAAAAGAAACUGAGGAAACAAAGAAAACAACAGUAUGAAAUCCUGAAGCAGCGAAUUGAGCGAGAGAAGAAACUGUUUGUCAUCUCUCAGAAAAUACAAACACGCAAAGAUCUUCUGGUAAGAAACAGAGCCUGAGGUGGCAAUGAAAAGCAGCAAUGGAAAAGGUUUUACACCAGCCCUAUCAUAUUUUGCACCACUAUAGUAGAUAAUACAGGUGGGAAGAAAAACUUAAAUUGAAAAAGAUUUUUUUCCAAACAUGAACGAGUGCACACAUAGGUUUACAGAAUACAGACUACAGAAUACAUCCAACAUUUCAAAUCCUUUACCUUGACUUGUUUUGGGAUGUCUGUUAAUGCUACACAAAUGACUGGCUCUGGGAAAAUAUAUAUAUAUAUAUAUAUAUAAAGGACUUUAUUAUAUAUAAUUUUCUCUAUCUCUCAAAGUAUUCCUGCACUCACGCUUGAAGUGUCUCUUAAAGACCGGGUGCUAGCAAGCCAUGGCUAGUUUUAUGUAGCCAUCCAAAAUAGGCAGGAGCACCCACUUGUUAAAAGUCCAAAAUGUAUUCGAAAAUCUUUAAAAAAAAAAUAAUCAAAGAUCCUGAUGAAAGUCCUCUAUGCAGAGCUGAAACGUUGAUCGGUUUUUAAAGAUGUUCUAAUAAAGUUUGGACUUUUAACAAGUGAGUGCUCCUGCCUAUUUUGGAUAGUAUGUGUCUAUAGGUGUGUGUUUGUGUUUUUUUUGUUUUUUUUUUAUAUUCACAUUCAAUGGUCCGUGUAAACACUGCAUACUCUUGCCUUACAAACGGCACGGGCAAGUACUUUCCUUUUUGUCUCAUCAUACAAGUGUCAACCACAAGGAUAUGAUGUAUGCUUAUGGCUUUUUAGCUCUGUGUAUUUUGAUGAGAAACUGCCUACCUCUGCUCUGUGUCUAGCCAUCACUUUCAGGUACAUUUCUUUAAAAAUAUAAUAUUUCACCACAGCAGCCAGUUGACUUCAGGCUACAACUGCCCACUGGAAAAUGUCCUGUUUUUUUGUGGUUGGCCAAUUUGGAAAGUUUCCGCUGUGAUUGCAACUCAUUUUUUUUUCCUGUGCAGAGAAAAGGGCGCUAACCUACAGUGGCAAGGAAUCGUCCGUGAUCCUUUUAGAAAUUAUUGCAUACUGUCUUAAACUUUGGUUUGAUCAUCUAAGUUAGUUAUCUGCAAACGCAAUCUAUUUUAACGAAUAACACACAUGGUUCCAUUGUUCUUGUAAAUUAUUGGAUAUAUCAUUCAAACAUUCAUGGUGUAGGCUGCAAAAGGUAUUUGAAACCUUAGACUAAUGACUUUAACAAAAGCAAAUUAGAGUUGGAAAUUGGCAAACCUGGUGUUCAGUUAAUGAAAUGAGAUUGGAAAUGUGGGUCAGAGCUACUUUGACUUAUAAAAAGCAGGCAAACAUUUUGAGUUUUCUAUUCACAAAAAGCAUCUGUUGCUGUAAACCAUGCAUCACAAAAAAGAUCUCCCCCAAGAAUCGUUGUAUUACAUAAAGCCAGAAAUGGUUACACAACUCUCUCAAAGAGCUUAAACACUCUUGUGCCUGGUGUUGGAUAAAUUGUAUAUAAAUGGAUCAACUAGAUAUUGAAUCCAAGUAUUCACAGCACUGUGAAUGUUUCAUGUGAUGUGUUCAAUAAACACAUGGAAGAUUAGAAUUGUGUGUGUAUUGCUAGCUUAAGCAAAUUGUGUCUUUCUAAUUUUGUGCGAGAGAUUUUAUGACCAGUCCAAGAAGAAAAUCAACCAGUCCAUAGGUUUCACGUGUUUUUUUUUUUUUGUUUUUUUUUUUGCCACUGUAAGCUGAUUUUUAAUUUUAUUUUAUUGUGAUGUGACUGAGGAUAGUGAAGAAUCUAUAGUCUGUUGGGUAUGAUGAUGUAAUAUCAAAAUCUUUUGACCAAGGAAAAACUUAGAAAAACUGGCAUCGGGCAAUAUCGGGAAAUAGACUCUUUUUGUAGGGUGUAGCAAUGGCAUCUGCUAUAUAGGUCAGAAAACUGGCUGUGGUUUACAACUCUUGGUGCCCUUCUACAGCAUUAUUAAAGGAGGAAGCGAGGAAAUGAAAGGUUGUUGUGUUUUUUUUUGUUUGUGUGUUUGUUUGUUUUUUUUGGGGUGGGGGAGCCUAUUCUCUUUUUUUUUUUUUUUUUUCAACUGUACCUGGUAAAUAUUUCUAGUGGAUAGUGCCCCAUUAAGUAUUCACUGAGCUUUGUUAGUGAAUAUAAUUUGAGAGGUACCCCACAAGCUAGAAUUUGGCUUGUACCUUUCAUAGGGCAAUAAGAAUUUGCCCCAUUGUGAAUGGUUGCAAUGUCUAUACUAAUAGCUUGAGAAAGAAUGGGACAAGCUUUGCACCUUGCUGUGAAACAUGACUUAGAAAGAUAGUGUGACGGACCGCCUGGCACUGCGAUCGAGUUCCUCCACCAAUCGAUGCUCCUAGUGCUCACCGAGGAAUUCCAGCACUGCAGACCCAAUUUCCAGCGAUGCAGCUGCGCCAGGGUCUUGCUGUCCUUUACUUGCCCUGGACCCAAGACCAGGAUCCAGCUUUCAGUGGGCAGACCUCUCCUACUCCCAGAGAGUGUAGCAGGAACAGCUCUUAUAAGAGCUAGUGGUUAUAAUUCCUUUGGAGUAUAAUAAUAAAGCAAUCCCCAUGAUACAUACAGCCUCCCCCCCCACACACACACAUGAGAUGAGACAGUAUGUUGAGGGUAAGCAUGAACUCAAUUUUAAAGGUGCCAUACUGGCCUUUUAUGUAAGUUUCCCAACAAGGGUGACACCCAGAUGGACCUUGUUGGGCACAGGGACACAGUGAAUAAACCAAUAAAAACAGUCAUACAGUGGGACACUCCCAUACACAAACAAUAGAAUCUCUCCUCUUGGAAGAUAAUUGAAUCAGGAACUGUACUAGUCUAACCCAAUUAGCUCCAAGCACAGAAAAACAUACAACUUUAUGAAACCCCAAAAGUACCUUUAAAAACACAUAAACCCCCAUAAAAGUUACAUCCCCCUGGUAGCCCUGAUCUGGGUAAGCAAUAUAUCUAUAAAAAUCACCCAGAUCGGUUCAGGAAUUUCCUGGAAGGCAUAGUGUUGACCGACUGUGCACAUGGUCCUAUGCCCAAAACUGUUCCAGGGAAAUCAGUGCCAACAGUUGGUCAAGUUUGUUAGUCUUUUACAGUUUUCCCUGCAGGUCCUAUAGUCUGUUGGCAGGAGGCUGGCAAGCAGGCCCCUCCAAGUACAAGUGGCGAGGUUACUUUCGCCACAGAUAGGAUAUCAUGUUUAUUUGUUUUCUAUUUUAGUUUUUUCAUCAUUUUGUGCUUUAAAAAAAAAAAAAAAAUCCUUACUGGUAAUGAUCAUUUCUACUUUCUUCUCCUAGGACAAAAGAAAGAAGGUGAAGGUAAAGAAAGAAACUGUGAAUUCCCCAGCCAUUUACAAGUUUAAAAUGGAGCGCAAAAGAUAAUCGCAGCAGCAAAAACCACUGAUCAUCUCCUCCAAUGUCGAAGCCACUUGAAAUGAAUUGUUUUAUUUUGCCGUACUGUCUUCACACCACUCUAUCAGCUGCCUAGUAAAAACACAAAGACCUCUAACAACCUGCAUUCCUACAAUGGAGAUUUAAAAAAAAAAAAACUAUGUUAAAAAAGUAACAUACUAUAACCCCCUUGGAAGGGUAACCACAGAACUAAAAACUAUGAUUUGCGGAUAUUUUGGAACAGUUCACUUUGCAUUGCAACUUCAUGUUUUUAUACUUUGGAAAUUAGGUGUGGGUCGUUCAAUCCAAAACAAGCUCUUUCAUUUGAAUACAAUGAUUUCUUCAUUCAUGAGUACUGGGUGCAAACAUAAAGUAUAUCCUGUUCCAAGGCUGCCCACUGUGUAGAAAUCUAAAAAUUUUUUAUUUGCAACAUUAAUAAAUUGUCAUGAGGAAGCUGUUUUAUGGUGUUGCAUUACAUACUAACAUAUAUGUAUCUGAACUAUGACACAUCAAGCUGGCAGAAUGAAAUGAUUAUGAAGG